GGAGCUGCUGCUGCCGAGGCGGCGGCGGCGGCGGCGGCGGCGGCGCUCAGGCGGUGGCGGCGCUGCUGGCCCCGGGCCACUCGGCCUCUCGGCUCGCUUCCCAGCCUCACCUGAGCCCGCCGGGGCCCGCGCCGGCCAGCGCCUGCCCUAUGAGUGUGUCACUGGUUGUCAUCCGACUCGAGCUCGCGGAACACUCGCCGGUCCCCGCCGGCUUCGGCUUCAGCGCCGCCGCUGGGGAAAUGUCUGAGGAGGAGAUCAAAAAGAAGACACUAGCUUCCGCAGUGGCCUGCUUAGAAGGAAAGUCACCCGGGGAGAAAGCUGCAGUCAUCCAUCAGCAUCUCGGCCGUCGGGAAAUGACGGAUGUAAUCAUUGAAACCAUGAAGUCCAACCCAGGUGAACCCAAGGAUGCCGUGGAACAAAGGAAGUCUGCAGAAGCGUCUCCCUCUGCCCAGAAAAGCAAAGACUGCAUGAAUGCCGCUCCUGACUCCCCAUCCAAACAGCUUCCAGACCAGAUAUCGUUCUUCAGCGGAAACCCUUCAGUAGAAAUAGUCCAUGGUAUCAUGCAUCUCUACAAGACAAACAAGAUGACCUCCUUGAAAGAAGACGUGAGGCGCAGUGCCAUGCUGUGUAUUCUCACAGUCCCUGCUACGAUGACCAGCCAUGACCUCAUGAAGUUUGUCGCCCCCUUUAAUGAAGUAAUUGAACAAAUGAAAAUCAUCAGAGACUCUACUCCAAAUCAGUACAUGGUGCUGAUAAAGUUUAGUGCACAGACUGACGCAGAUAGUUUUUAUAUGGCCUGCAACGGCCGCCAGUUCAACUCCAUAGAAGACGACGUUUGCCAGCUGGUGUACGUGGAGAGGGCGGAAGUGCUGAAAUCGGAAGAUGGCGCCAGCCUCCCGGUGAUGGACCUGACUGAGCUCCCCAAGUGCACAGUGUGUCUGGAGCGCAUGGACGAGUCUGUGAAUGGCAUCCUCACCACGUUGUGUAACCACAGCUUCCACAGCCAGUGUCUGCAGCGCUGGGACGACACGACGUGUCCCGUGUGCCGGUACUGUCAGACGCCAGAGCCAGUAGAAGAAAACAAGUGUUUUGAGUGUGGUGUUCAAGAAAACCUUUGGAUUUGUUUGAUAUGUGGCCACAUAGGAUGUGGACGGUAUGUCAGUCGACAUGCUUACAAGCACUUUGAGGAGACACAGCACACGUAUGCCAUGCAGCUCACCAACCACCGAGUCUGGGACUAUGCUGGAGAUAAUUAUGUCCACCGACUGGUUGCAAGUAAAACAGAUGGGAAAAUAGUCCAGUAUGAGUGUGAGGGCGACACCUGCCAGGAAGAGAAAAUAGAUGCCUUACAGUUAGAGUAUUCAUAUUUACUAACGAGUCAGCUGGAAUCUCAGCGAAUCUACUGGGAGAACAAGAUAGUUCGGAUGGAGAAGGACGCGGCAGAGGAAAUUAACAACAUGAAGACCAAGUUUAAGGAAACAAUCGAGAAAUGCGACAGCCUGGAGCAGAGGCUGAGUGACCUCCUGAAAGAGAAGCAGUCUGUGGAGCGCAAGUGCACUCAGCUAAACACAAAAGUGGCCAGACUCACAACUGAACUUAAAGAGGAGCAGGAAAUGAACAAAUGUUUGCGAGCCAACCAGGUCCUCCUGCAGAACAAGCUGAAGGAGGAGGAGAGGGUGUUGAAGGAGACCUGUGACCAAAAAGACUUGCAGAUAACAGAGAUCCAGGAGCAGCUGCGUGAUGUCAUGUUCUACCUGGAGGCGCAGCAGAAGAUCAACCACCUGCCUGCUGAGGCACGCCAGGAAAUCCAGGAGGGACAGAUCAACAUCCCCGUGGCUGCUGCCUCCAGCCCCUCCUCGUCAGGGGGCCCUGGGAAGCUGCCCUCCAGGAAGGGCCGUAGCAAGAGAGGCAAGUGACCUUCCGAGAGACAGACCUCCUGAGACGGGGGUGUGCCGGGACCCUCAGCUCCCUGUGCGGGUGGGCCCUAAUAAGUGCAAGUGAGGAUCUCGCCACAGUCGUUCGGCUUUUUCAUUUGCUGGUGUGCGGUGUGUGGAAUGUAGAGGGUGCCGACGGGAGAGCUGAUGGAAAGUUGAAUAGUUCACUAACCUUAGACGUUCUGAUGACCACUUUGCCUUCCUGCUUGGUAGAUGUCCCAACUCUGCUGUUCAUUUUUCUCUUGUAUUUAUUGAGUUGGUAUUCUUGACAUACAGUUCUGGGGUAGGUUUAAGACAUUAAAGGUUGUUUUUUUU